UUCCCUAUUUCUUGUCACCGGUCACCCUCUCUCGCUCUUCUCACCGCCACCAUCGUCGUCGAUCACACCCACGUAGAAGCAGCAGCGCAGCAGACAGAGGGACAAGGAGAGGGAGGGAGGAGGAUGGCGGAGCCGUACUGCCGGGACUGCAAGAAGCAUACGGAGGUGGUGUUCGACCAUUCGGCGGGAGAUACGGUGUGCUCGGAAUGCGGCCUCGUGCUGGAGGCGCACUGCAUCGACGAGACGUCGGAGUGGCGAACCUUCGCUAACGAGUCCGGCGACAACGACCCCGUCCGUGUCGGCGGCCCCACCAACCCUCUCCUCACGGACGGCGGCCUAUCCACCGUCAUCUCCAAGCCCAACGGCGUCCAGUCCGAUUUCUUGUCCUCCUCCCUCGGCCGGUGGCAGAACCGCGGCUCCAAUCCCGACAGAUCCCUCAUCGUUGCCUUCCGCACCAUCGCCACCAUGUCCGACAGGCUUGGUCUUGUUGCAACCAUCAAGGAUCGAGCCAAUGAGAUCUACAAAAAGGUGGAAGAUUCAAAAUCUAUUAGAGGAAGGAACCAGGAUGCUAUUUUGGCUGCUUGCCUGUAUAUUGCCUGCCGGCAAGAAGAUAAGCCAAGGACUGUAAAAGAAAUAUGUUCUGUUGCUAAUGGUGCUUCGAAGAAAGAAAUUGGCCGUGCUAAGGAGUUCAUUGUGAAACUUCUCGAGGAGGAAUUAGGAAAAUCUAUGGAGAUGGGAACAAUACAUGCGGGGGAUUUUCUGAGGCGGUUCUGCUCUCAUCUUGGCAUGAACAAUCAGGCAGUCAAAGCUGCUACUGAAGCUGUUGCACGAUCUGAGGAGCUUGAUAUCAGGAGGAGUCCCAUAUCAAUUGCAGCAGCUGUCAUUUACAUGAUAUCACAGCUAUCAGAUGACAAGAAACCUCUGAGAGAUAUAUCACUAGCUACUGGGGUUGCAGAAGGCACAAUUAGGAACUCGUACAAAGACCUCUACCCUCAUGCUGCUAAGUUGAUACCUGAUUGGUUUGCAAAAGAUGAAGAUCUCAAGAAUCUAUGCAGUCCCUGAUAGAUUUAUUGCAAUCAUGAAGGUACUAAUUUCGGGUAAUUGCCAUGGUUGCUUAAUGGAGCAAUGAAAUUAAUGACCCCUUUUGUUAUCUAUUUUUGACAUUUUUUUCUGUGGACAACAUUGACAUGCUGUUGGAUUGGGAAGAUGGUAUUCUGGCAACUUUCCAGUUCUUCCCAUGUGAGCAAAAUAUAGUUGAGAAUAUGAAUAUUGUGAAGACAUUGUUCAUUUCAUAGUGACAUAGAAUGAUGUCUUGCAAAUGAA